AAAGAUAAAAUAUAUUUUGAUGGAUAAAGUAGGAAAACAAAUACGCUUUUCUGUUUCUGCAAACAUUCAGUAACCCUUUUCUCAUGGUUGAGUCUAGGGCGGCUAGGGAUAUCACUGUUUUUCUGGGAUCAAUGAAAUAUAGUGUUUUGACCCCAAAAAAAUAAAGGACCAUAAAUGACCUUGUUUAGGAUGAGAUGGAACACUGCAUAGGAAAUCUCCAAGAAAUGAUAUUUUCAUUAAAGUUCUCCUUUUUCAAUGAGCUUUUUCCUUCCCCUAUACUGCAACUUUUGAUAUCCCACACUUCCCACAUGAAAGAAAUUAAAGAAAUAGAAAAAAUUGUCUCUUCAUUUUCCAGAUUUAUCUCCACUAUGGAAUAAAUUAUUAUAUUCAAAUUCAUCCAGUUACUUCCUUCAAACACAUAUCCUUACUAUCCUUUGCCAUAUUAUCCUCCACCCACUCAAGCAAUAAACAAGCCGCACCCCUAUAUAUAAUUUGACCAUUAGUAUUCUUUGUGACUAGAUUCCAUCUUCAUAUAUCUGGCCUAUUUUCUUUCACAGAAAAACUCUAGCUUAGAACAAUGAGACAUUCUCAAAGGCUUGAUAAUAAGAGCAAUGGCGUUCACUUUUUCAAGAUUAUUCUUGAAAGAAGCCUUCAAAGUGGAGAACUGAUGGUGCCCAAAAGUUUUGUGAAGAAUCACUGGCAAGGAAUAUCGACCUCUGUUUCUCUAAUCCUUCCAAACAAGACUAAAUGGAAAGUUUAUUGGAUGAAACGUGACGGUGAUGUUUAUUUUCACAAUGGUUGGAAAGAAUUCGCAGAAUACAUAUCUUUGGAAGUGGCACAGUUUGUGGUGUUUCAAUAUGAAGGAAAAUCCCGGUUCAAUGUGAUUGUGUUUGGCAAGAGUGGCAUAGAAAUAAAAUACCCUUCCAAAGAUAACAAUACACUUGAAGAAUGUGAAGAGGUUCAUGAAAGUGAUCUUGUUGCGGAGGGUAAAAGGGGAAAACCCAAACCUGCAUCACCACCUUAUAAGAAGAUGAAAACAAGUCCAAAAGAAGAAGAGCAUCCAAGUUUUUACUAUGCUAAGCAUAGCAACAAAUUUGUUGCAGGAAGUGGCAAUGAACUUAAGGAGAGAAGUAGAGCUCUUGUUGAAAAAUUAAAGCUUAAACACUGUGACAGUCAAACCUUCGUACAAACAAUCCACAAAUCAUACAUUGGGAGAGAUCUUCUGAUCAUUCCAAACGACUUUUAUAACCUGAAUCUGUACAAGAUGGAAGGACAAAUGGCUAGACUUUUUGUUAACAAGGAGAGAACUUGGGAUGUGGAGUUAAAGCUCUAUUCCGGUGGUCAAAUCAUAUUUGGACGUGGUUGGAGGACAUUUUUGUGUGACAAUAAUUUGAAAUUGGGUGAUGUUUGUGCUUUUGUGCUAAACAAAUCCAAUGGAGUUUUAUUUCAAGUUUUUAUUUAUCCUCUCCACGAGUACCCAUGCCAUCUCCCUUUUCAAGAAGGGCUUUCUCAAAGGCCUUCAUCUCUCAAAAUCCCUGAUAUUAUUAAAGACAAAAGCAGAUUAAUGUCAGAAGAUGGUUUCGACAUCCACAUCAAACCUUCAAUGAACGGGCAGGCGUGCAUACCAAUGACCUUUAUAAAGAAAUUCCUUUCAGAAAAGGACAAUGGAAGAUUCGUAACCUUACGAGUUGGGAGAAACACAUGGCCCGUAAAAGUUCUUUAUUAUAAAUAUUGUUCAUCUGCUAGAUUUUCUCUAGGUUGGCCUGAAUUUGUGAAGGAAUGUGGCUUGAAAGCUGGUGAUGUUUGUCACUUCUUGAUGAUAGAUAAGAAAAACCUUGAGCUUCAAGUUACUAUAAAUUAGAGAGUAUGUCAUUUGUUAUCAUGUCGCGUCGUGUUUUACCUUUCUUUUUUCCAUGUCAACUACAUUGAUAUUUGAUACAUUGGCUUUUGGUUGGUCUUAAGAACUUGAAGGAAUUAUUAGUGUUUUUAUAUUCAUUUUCC